ACGAGAGAGAAGCUAAGAAAAGAAAAGAAAAGGAGAGUUACGAAAACCAUUAUUACUGUUAUAAUAAAGUUUGGAAAUUUAAUAUUUUUUUAUAAGAUCAGUCUCAAAAUAAGGACCCUGACCUCAUUUUCUCAGAGGUAUAUGUGUGUGUAUAUGUGUAUAUGUCUCUGUGUGUGUAUAUGUAUAUGUGUAUAUGAGUGAGAGAAUCGUGUGGUUUCUUCUCUUUUUCCAUUUCUUCAACAGAGAAAAGGAAAGUCCAUUCUGUUUUCUGUUCUGUUCUGUUCGAGUUUUCAAUUUUAUAACGUAGUUUCCUCUCUCUCUCUCUCUCUCUCUCUCUCUCUCUCUCUCUCUCUCCUACUUAAACCAUAAAAUGAGCUCAUUUUUUUGUUGAUUCCUUACUCCCUCCCCCAAUUCAUUUUCUCACCAACUUUCUCUUUUCCCAAACAUACCCUUUUCACUGUUUGGUUGAUUGAUCCGUUUCUCUUGUUCCUCUCAAAACUAUCAAAGUUAAAAACCGAAGCUUUGGUUUUGGUCGUGGCAUUAUUGUUCUUACUUACUUUGCCAUUGGUUUUUUUAGAUAAAACUACUUGAUCAAGUUCUGGUUUUCUGCUUUUGAUUUUCUUUUACUUUUUUUCUGUGUUUCCAAUCACAAUGAAUCUUCAUCACCUGAAGAGUGAUUUCAACUGUUUAAAUGGGUAUCAAAAUAUGAGCUUUCUUUCAGCCCAAAACCCAGCUCCAUCUCCUCGCCUUUCUCACUAUAAAACAACUUUUGGGGUCUCUGGAGAAACCGUGGAUGGAGACUCCAGAAGAAGUUGUGAAAUGGGUUUUCAGUUUUUGAGCUCUUCAUCUGAGAAAAGUAAGAAAACUUGGGUUUUUCCUGAGCAAAUGGAAAGCAGGGGAGGAGGAGAAAACAAACACAAAAUCAGUGAUCUGAAUGUGUUUGAUGAAAUACCAGAAACAGAAGAAGUCCGAGUCAGGAGUACAGCUGGGAAGAAUGGGCACACAAAGCUUUGUGCUAGAGGUCAUUGGAGACCAGCUGAGGAUGCUAAGCUUAAGGAGCUUGUCACCCAAUAUGGUCCUCAAAACUGGAACUUAAUUGCUGAGAAUCUUGAAGGCAGAUCAGGGAAAAGUUGCAGACUGAGGUGGUUUAAUCAGCUGGAUCCACGAAUCAAUAGACGGGCUUUUAGUGAGGAAGAAGAGGAGAGACUCUUGGCUGCUCACAGAUUAUAUGGUAACAAAUGGGCCAUGAUUGCUAGGCUUUUCCCUGGCAGAACAGAUAAUGCUGUUAAGAACCACUGGCAUGUAAUUAUGGCCAGAAAACAUAGAGAACAAUCCAAUGUUUACAAGAGAAGAAGACCCUCUUCUACAUCCUCAUCCUGCUCCCAAAUUCUAGUCCCCAAAGUUAUUGACAUGACUUUAACUAGUAACACCAAUAAUGCCUCAAGUACUACUGAGUCAACAAUCUCAAACACCAUUAAUGAUCAUGAAUCAAUCUCCACAUGUACUGAGCUUUCUCUCACCCCAUCUUCAAAUAGAUCAUCAGCUCAUAAUAAUCAUCAAGGCCACUUUUUCACCAAGUUCAAUCCAUCUUCACAGCAAGAGUCUCAGCUUGGCUUAAAAGACGGGAGUUUUGACAAGUUAAUUGGUUUCUACCGAAUUGGACAAAGAGGAGGAGUAGCUAACAAGACUGUGGUAAGGUUAGACCAAUCUGGUCAAUCAGAUUCCAACUCAGAAAACUCUGCAGCUGAUUCUGUUGCAACCAAUAGGAGCAUUAAUUUAACCAUGUUUGGUCCAAACCAAAGCCAAAACAGCAAAGAUAAGGAAAAUAUCAUCAGUUUGUCCUUCAUUGACUUUCUUGGAGUAGGAGCUAACUAGUUAGUACUUGUUAUUAUUAUUAUUAGUUUCUACUAAAAUGGAGUUUAUCUUACCUACCUUAGCUAGCUUUCAUGUAUAACCAAAAAUAAUCACUUGAAAGUUUAGAGAAAGAGAAAGAGAAAGAGAAAGAGAGAGCCAUAUUAUUAGCUCAAGCACCAAUAUGGCUAUGUAAUGCAGGAGAAAGUGAGUCUGAGAAGAUGACAUUUCUACAGUGUUUGAUGUACAGUGUAGAUCCAUAAAAGGAUAAAAGAAGAAGAAAAAAAAAGAAAGUGAAGCAAAGUAAAACAGGUAAAAAAAUUGGAGGAAAAAGAGAAAGAGAGAGACUUUUGAGUUUCAUAAUAAUGAUGAGAAACUCUUUGGUUGGACUUAUCUGCUGAGAAGUUGAAAGUGAAAGAGAAAGAGAAAGAGAGCUUAUGGUUUUGGACAGCAAGUUGCAAAUUAAUGUUGUUCAUUCACUGUGAUGUAUUUUUUUUUUAUCUUUUUUUUUUUGUUUUUUUUCUUCUGAUAAUGUCAUUUUGGACAGGAAGCAAAGCCAAUAUUUUUGGUUACUUUUGGACCAGUUACUGAUGAAUGAAUGAAUGAAUCUGCCUAUCUUUCCUGA